GUAAUAUCAUCCAUCGUCUUAGGGAUUGCAUUGGUCAUUUCUCUUGGAGUAAAUCUUUAUCAAUGGCGUGCUCGGGGAAUUUCCAAAUCUGGCAAAAAGUAUUCUACCGAGGAAUUACAAGUCGAAGCUCACCAAAUUGAAGGAGGUUUGUAGCGUUUGUGGAAACAAUGAGUGGCAUUUUUAGUUUGAAUUGAGUAUACAAUGAAUGAUUUUCCAGUAAUCGGAGACUUAGUUAUGCGCACAGGAUUAUGGGAUCGCCAGGGGGCAAACAUUGGAAAUCGCUACAAAGAAAUGUAUGGCGCGGAGCUGUUUCUCCGUUUAAAACCAGUGUCUUUGGACAGAGAAUACCGCAUUUUGCCGUGAUUUUAUGAGAAGCGGAGGUGACUAAUGUUGGUGCGUUGAUUGUAAGUUUUUGUGGGAUCAAUGCGAUGAAAUCUAUCGAUAAACACUCCUUCUUGCGAAAGGUCGACUGUGAAAUUUACUGAAUGGUCUCGAAAUAUAUAGUACUAACUUACCAGGUAUAAAUGAGCGGGGAAUGUGGACUCAUUUAUUAAACCUUUCCAGUUGUAAGUACAUGUGCUGAUAUUUACAACGAGUGUAAUUACGUUCGGCUCGGCGGCGAUCACAACGCUGAGCCAGUUUGUGACAACGAUCGAAGGUAAGCUUAUGUAUUGUCGAAUUUGAUAUGUAUUAACUUUAGAAGCAAAACAUCUUCCCCACAUUAAUAUAUUGAUUCCUUCUAGCCAAAAACACAAGCGAAAUGUUUUGUCAUGAUCCAGAGCACCAAUCAGUUCUAAUGCCUUUUCUGAUCAUUUUGAGGGAAGAUAUAGAAUCUCUGAAUUUCGCACAUCAACUUGGUAUUUAUUUACACGGCUCACUGCUUUUGUAUCGGAAAUCUUACUCGUUCAUACGAUUUCUGCGUCAUCUACUAAUGGUUAAAUACCAUGUACUUUCCAUGAAAUAUUUCGUAGAUGUUACCUAGUUUAUACCAAAGUAAAGGAGGAUUUUUUAUUUUUAUGGCCACGUCCUACGAUUGUUGAGCGUCAUAACCCGCACAGAGCUGAUCAUUGUAAAUAUCACCACACGUAAUUAAAACUAAAAAGCUUAAAUGAGCCAAUCCCCCUACAUGUAUACCUAAGUUUGCACUAUAUAUUUCGAGACCUUUUCUUCAUGUAGAUCACUGUGUAAAUUCAGUAAACAUAAAUUUCACACUCAACCUCACGCAAGGAGUGUUUAUCGAUAGAAUUUAUCGCAUUAAUCACACAGAAACUUGAAAUUUCAACGCACCAACAUGAGUCACCUCCGUUUCUCAUAAAAUCAUUGCAAAGUGCGGCAUUCUAUGUCCAGAGACACUGCUUUUAACGGAGAAACAACUCCACGCCAUACAAUUCUUUAUAGCGACUCGCAAUGUUUGCCCCCUGGCGAUCCCAAAAUCCUGUGCGCAAAACAUGAGUAUCCGGUUACUGGAAAAUCAUUCAUUAUGGUAUCGGGCACUGUUACUGGGUACUUAAAGUAAUAUUUAUAACCGGGUCACAAGUGAAAUAUCUAAAAUAGUAUAUUGAGAAUAAUUAUGAUAUAAAUUUACUCACCGUAAAUCUCGUUAUAGCCAUGUUCAUGUAAAAGCUAGGGACUUUUGCAUCUACAGAGACGACGCUGUUUAGGAAAACAUCUUCAUCAAAAAGGAAGAAUAUGGAGGGAAAAAAAGAAUUACCCUUGCCACUAAGUAACGUGUGCGGGAAAAAUAUUCACAGGGAUAAAAAUAAAUACUUGAACAAGUGAAUAAAAACAGAUAAUAAUAAACCUCUUCUGUAGUGAUGUCUGUGGGCUUGUUUUGUAAUGACGACAGAACUCCACCUUUCCACCCCUCCCCCCGCCCAAAAAAAAAUCAAACAAAACAAAACAGACUUACAUUAAUUUGUUAAGAUAUCCAUUCUUCCUUUUUCUCUUCAAUUUUGAUAAGAUUCCAACCAUUUUCAAUCUUAGGCGUUGCAGAAGUCCCGUCUCCUCAAGUGGAAUCGUUUUAUAUGGAACUGCAGCCCACAGAAAACCAGCAAACGUCAGAAUAUGGAUCUCUAAUGAAGAACCCGGAAGGAGAUAGUGAUGAUGCUAAAACGGAACAAGAUUAUGCUAAUAGCGCCUUCCAUCGGCUUCCUAAACCGCGGGAAAAGGAAGUAUAUCAAAAUAUAUAA